GGGGCGGUCCCCCCCUUUUCGGCCCCAACCGCGGCGGCGUUUUCUUUCCCGGCGGCUCCGGCGCGGCGUGAACAUGGCGGACCAGGCCAUCUCCUUCCUCAAGGACUUCCUAGCGGGCGGCAUCGCCGCCGCCAUCAGCAAGACAGCGGUGGCGCCCAUCGAACGGGUCAAGCUCUUGCUUCAGGUGCAACAUGCGAGUAAACAAAUUGCCGCUGAUAAGCAGUACAAGGGUAUCAUCGAUUGUGUAGUGCGUAUUCCAAAGGAACAAGGAGUGCUGUCUUUCUGGCGAGGAAACUUAGCAAAUGUCAUCAGAUACUUCCCAACUCAAGCUCUCAACUUUGCCUUCAAGGAUAAGUAUAAGCAGGUCUUCUUGGGAGGUGUAGACAAGCACACUCAAUUCUGGAGGUAUUUUGCUGGUAACCUGGCUUCUGGUGGUGCAGCUGGAGCCACUUCCCUCUGCUUUGUCUACCCCUUGGAUUUUGCAAGAACCCGUUUGGCUGCUGAUGUCGGAAAAGCUGGUGCAGACAGAGAAUUCACUGGUCUGGGAGACUGUCUAAUCAAAAUUACCAAGUCUGAUGGUUUGCGUGGCUUGUACCAAGGGUUCAAUGUAUCUGUCCAAGGCAUCAUCAUCUAUAGAGCUGCCUACUUUGGGAUCUAUGAUACAGCAAAAGGCAUGCUCCCUGAUCCCAGGAAUACUCACAUUGUUAUCAGCUGGAUGAUUGCCCAGACAGUGACUGCUGUGGCUGGUGUGGUCUCCUAUCCUUUUGAUACAGUGAGGCGUAGAAUGAUGAUGCAGUCAGGGCGCAAAGGAGCUGAUAUCAUGUACUCUGGAACAAUUGACUGCUGGCGGAAGAUUGCGAGGGAUGAGGGAGGAAAAGCCUUCUUCAAGGGUGCAUGGUCUAAUGUUCUCAGAGGCAUGGGGGGUGCUUUUGUGCUUGUGCUGUACGAUGAAUUCAAGAAAAUCAUUUAAACAGCCUAACUAGAAUUGGAAAUCAAGUUGAGCAGAUCAUGUAGAAUAACUACCAUUAUGGACCAUUGACCUUCAAGAAAUUCCUGUGAGUCUUAUUUAUCGGAGCCAAGUGACAUUUAUAGGUGGGACUAGAAACUGACAUAGAGGACUGAUCCAUUUCUCAGUAACAUGCAUGAAGACACUGAAUCUGGCAGUUCAGUGUGGUGAUUUUUUUUUUUUUUCAGCAAUGAGGCAUCAGUGGCAUUGGUUCUGGGUCCAAAGUGACUGGGUCCAAUUUAGGCAGAAAAAAUUGUUUGCCUGUGGAUCAGUCCCCGGUUUCAAGUCCUGUCUUUUAGGACCAUAAAUUGUAUUUGAAAGUUCUUGCUAACAAAUCAUUUUAUUUUCCACUUGUACUGAAGCACUAUGUACCAUUUUGCACACCUGAACAUCUAGCAAUUUUCUUCUUAAAUUGGGGCAUUUCUGCUGUAAAACAAUAAACUUAACUUACUCUGUAUGUGUUGAAAUUAUUACAUAAAAGCUUUGGAAAAGCCUCUUUUGUUUGCAAACUUGUUUCAGAUGAUUCCUCUGAUAUACUUACACUGCGCUCUGUAACAGAAUAAGCUUGGUCUUUUUAAAAAAAUAAUUGAAUGUGAGAACUUUGAGGGAGGGGGGAAGCAUGGGUUAUACUAAAUAGAAACCACUCCUAUUCUUUGUGCCUGAUAGUGUAUGAUGGGCUGAUGCAAGUGGCUUUUUGCAUGAUUCUUAGAAAUUGAUUUGCAACUUUUCAUAUAAUUUAAAAUGGGGGGUGUUCUGUUGUAGUGCUAGGAGAACCCAAAGUCCCAUGGACAGUCAAAAGUAAUACUCUAGCCCUUGGUAAAAAUAGCUUAAAAUAAUUUAUUAAUUUUUUUAAGUUAAUAUGAAAAGCAACAUGGCAUUCAUGCAAAAACCCAGGAACCUAGUAAAUGCCUUCAACUUCUAGGCUAUAUAUUUUAUUGUUGCUGCUGUUGGAAAUGCUGAUUGUGCCAUUCAAUAUACUGUUUGGCCUGAUCUGUAGCAGUGAUUAGUACCUCUGUAGAAGGUGAAUUUAAUCUGAAAUAAGGGUCAUCCUAAGAGGUGGGAUGGGAUGUGUGAGAAGGCAUAUGUGUGCUUCUGUGUAGCUGUAAAAUAUAGAUCACAAUAGGUCAGCCUUCAAUAUUAACUGAUUGAUGUCUAGUUCUGAAGAUUGUACGAAGACCAAAACCAGAUUGCUUGAUUUCUCAUUUAAAAUAAUGUAAUACCUAUGUGCCGUUCUUCAUAUGUAUAUAAUCUUUCUUUUGUACUUCACAACCUGCAAAGACAUGGCGGGGGACCAGUAAAUGAAAACAAGGUGUUAAUCAUCGAGUCGUGUUUUUAAGAACUCUCCCUGUAUCUUGAGAAGGAAAAACUGUUGUCAUAUGAGUCAUUGAAGGCUGACUGAGCUGUCUUGAGUUCUUUGUGUGCCUUCUGAGGUUACUGUUCAAGAUGAAGUAUUUAAAUUAA